AUGGCUUCGUCGGCGGCAUACCCCGACGCGGACGAGAACCUGGAGGCCAUCAUCACCCGCAUCGAGCAGAAGUCCCGAAAGAUCGAGACCCUCCUCAAGCAGUACACCCCCCCUUUCCCUCUCCUCUCGACCCCUCCCCUGCUUUUGAUUCGCCUGCUCAUUUCUCCGCGGCGUGGGGGCAGGUCGAAGCCGGUGGAGGCCCUGAAGACGGCGCUCGAGGGGUCGCCGCUCAAGACCCGCGACGAGCGAUGCAAGUCGGCGAACUGGAUCGUGGUGCACCGCGCGAUGAUGGCGAUCAGGGACGUCGACGGCAUGUUCAACUCCCUGGAUCCCGAGUACUAUGACAUCCUCAUGAAGUAA